CGCACCUUCGUGCGGCAAUACACAUUCUUCGAGGACGCUCUCCGUAAUCGCACGCCCGAUUGAUCAUGGUCGCGUAUCAUUUGCUGCUUGGCAUUGCCAUCACAGCAUUCGCUCGCGAUCAAUACGACUAUGUUGUGGUCGGCGGAGGCACCGCAGGCCUGACAGUAGCAGCUCGGCUCAGCGAGGAUACGAAGACUACAGUGGCCGUGCUCGAAGCAGGCGAGGACCGGUCUCAAGAUGUGAACGUCCUAGCCCCGAACCUCUUGACCUCGCUCUACAGCGACGAAAGAUAUGACUGGAACUAUCACACAACCCCUCAGGAGCAUGUCAACAACAAUGUGAUCGCCCAUCCACGCGGUAAGCAGCUUGGGGGCUCUUCGGCUAUCAACUUCCUCUGGUGGACGCAUGCCUCGCAGCAGGACAUCAACAAUUGGGGGCUUCUCGGCAACAGGAACUGGAGCUGGGAAGUGCUUGAGCCAUUCUUCAACAAAUCCGAGACAUUCAUCAGACCUUCAACGCAGACGGAAGAGGCACUGCGUACUCAGUAUAUCGACCAAAGCCUGCACGGAGAUGAAGGGCCCAUCUUGACCACUUUUGCCGACAUCUACUUCCCACUCGACGAAGCAUGGCCAAGGACCUACGAGACCUUGGGUCUUGCAGUCGAUGGCGAUCCGCGAAAUGGACUCGCGCUUGGCGGUUAUACGAACAUGCUGAACAUGGAUCCGAAGUCGAGAAGUCGCAGCUACGCUGCUACCACAUAUUUGCAAGAUGCUUCGAAGCGACAGAACUUCAAAGCCAUGACUGGUGCGCACGUUCAGCGUAUACUGUUUGACCAAGAUGAAGGGACACAUCGUGCAGUGGGCGCAAUUUACAACAUCAAUGGUACGACGCACAAAGUCUUUGCGAAGAAAGAAGUGAUUUUGAGUGCCGGUGCCUUUGGUUCGCCUCAGUUACUGGAGCUGUCCGGAGUUGGCGAUCCUGAAGUGCUGCAAAAGUUUGGCAUUCCACAGGUCGUGGAGAAUCACAAUGUCGGCGAGGGCCUGGAAGAUCAUGUGUACGUUCCUCUCGGUUACGAAGUUCGGCCUGGUAUCUUUACCUUAGACGACUUCGCAAACGGAACCCUUUUCGACGAGGCAUAUCAGAAUUUCAUCGACCGACGCGAUGGUCCACUGGCGACGACUAGCGCCAUGUCAGCAUUGCUUUCUCUCGAACAAAUCGGCGGCUACGAUAGAGCAGACCUAAAUCAGACAGUCAACAUGUACUGCUCGAGUGCAACGAUCACUGGUGAAAGUACAAGCCAAUCCAAGCUAUGCAGACCAAGCACUGCUCAGCAGUCCAUACUCUGCGACGACAUCCACAACGAAGCUGUGAUGCAAGAGUUUGCGGUGCCGGGCGGGAUGUCUCCUCAGUUUGUCAAUGACACAAGCAAGCUAUUCGCAUCGAGUGUCCCAGGCAACUUUUUGACAAUCACAGCUGUGCUUGAACAUCCGUUCUCGCGCGGUAGCGUUCACAUCAAUUCAGCGAAUGCGUCGGAGUAUCCGACCAUUGACCCCAGAUAUCUAUCUCAUCCGCUGGAUGUCAAGCUCCUUGCUGCUGCUGCGUUGCACCUACAGAGCGUUGUCCAGACCACGCCACUUUCGGAUCUACUGGCAGGAAACGGAACGAUUUACCAACCAGGAUAUCACAAGCUCGAUGAAGCAAAUGUGGAGGAUUGGGUUCGUGAGAGCUUCCAGAGUGAAUAUCAUCCUUGUGGAACAGCUGCCAUGCUGCCGCGAGAGCAGGGAGGCGUUGUAGAUGAGAAAUUUCGAGUAUACGGAGUCGAGGGCUUAAGAGUGAUCGAUGCAAGCGUGUUUCCACUUAUCCCACGGGCAAAUAUCCAGAGUCUGGUAUAUGCCAUCGCGGAACGAGGCGCGGACUUCAUCAAGGAGGAUGCAGCUUGAGGUUAGAUAUUUGAGAACGAAUUGUCGCUCCCUUUACAAAUCUGUC